AUGGAUAUCAAUCCUUACCGCUUUCGCGUGCCCAAACCGAACUACUUACCUCAUAAACAAGAUAUUGAUAACGACGAUGUCAUCGUCGAGGAGUACAGCAACACCCCGUUGGGUCUUGCUAGUGAGAUGGAUAAUGCCAAAUUCUACAAUAAGUGCAAGCGCCUUGCUGAAGAAUCCGCAAUAACUCGCCCAAAAGGAUACAAUGUGUCAUUUCAUUGCAAUCCGGAUAUGGAAAAGCAUCACUUUGGCAUGACGCACCCGAUGAAACCGUGGCGCCUUACCUUAUCGAAAAGUCUGAUAUAUUCAUACGGCAUGUCUUUUGCCAUGGACAACUAUAUUUCACGCGCUGCCACAUACGAAGAGUUGGCUUCCUUUCAUUCCACCGACUAUCUUGACUUUCUUGGCACUGUCUUGCCGGAACCAGUUCCCCGGGACUUGGAAAACCAGAACCCCGAUCUUAAGUUCAAUCUCGGUGGCUCCGACUGUCCAUUGUUCGAUGGCUUGUACGAUUACUGCUCUCUGUCAGCUGGCGGCGCUCUUGACGCAGCCAGGAAGAUUACAUCUAAACAGUCAGACAUUGCCAUAGCCUGGGGCGGCGGCCUCCAUCAUGCAAAAAAGGCAGAGGCGUCUGGAUUCUGCUAUAUCAACGACAUUGUUAUUGCCAUCCUAGAGCUCCUGCGCUUCUACCCACGGGUUCUCUACAUAGAUAUCGAUGUUCAUCAUGGUGACGGCGUCGAGGAGGCCUUCUUCUCUACUGAUCGUGUCAUGACUGCAUCAUUUCACAAGUAUGAUCCACACAACUUCUUCCCAGGUACCGGUGCUCUAGAUGACAACGGCCCCAAAAAUGAGCAUAAUCCUGGAGCUCAUCACGCUGUAAAUGUGCCACUCAAUGACGGCAUCACUGAUGAGCAGUACGACAUGCUUUUUAAUUCUAUCAUAGGCAAAAUUGUUGAAAAGUUCCGUCCCAGCGCCAUUGCGCUGCAGUGUGGCGCUGAUUCUCUUGCCGGUGACAGGCUUGGCCGUUUUAAUCUUCAGGUCCAAGGCCACGGCGCUUGCGUCGAGUUUUGCAAGAAAGUUGGACUUCCUCUUAUUCUUUUCGGUGGAGGAGGCUACACACCUCGGAAUGUCGCUCGUGCCUGGACCUACGAAACUAGUAUUGCAGUGGGAUGUCAAGACAAUAUCAGCCCAGUCCUUCCCCAGCAUACCCCUUGGCGCGAACAGUUCAGGCAGGACACACUCUUCCCUACACUCGAGCAGAUAUUAGGCGAGCCACGACAGAAUCGGAACCCCCAGAAGCGCCUGCAAGAGAUUGUGCAGCACAUUUCGGAGCAACUUCGUUUUGUACAGGCUGCACCCAGCGUUCAGAUGCAAACUAUUCCUCCAGAUCUUGGUGCUAUCAGGCAAGAGGUUGAGGAGAAGCUAAAGGAAGAGAAUGAAGAACGAAAUGACGAACUACGCCGAGCCAGAGAAGCAGCGGUAGGAACGCCGAUGGAAAUGUGA